GGUACCUGGUUUGCAAGGGCAAACGAAGUUGUCUGAGCUGUUAAUAUACAUGUAAACAGGAUAUAAGAAUAUCUUAUCUAAGCCUGACAUUUUUAAUUUACCUCGUCACUUUUGAUAACUGGAUAUGUGCAAAGCGGUUAUUACAGCAGCGUUCAUAACAGUGUUGGCAUUUCAUGGUGACCGUAAUUACGAUUCAAGUAAAAAAAUUGUCUUAAAAGUAAACAAUAAGAAACAUUUAAGGCACUCCAAAGUACCAGGUGGUGACAUCGUAGACAAUGUCUGAUGAGGACCGUACCGAGGGGGGUAUAGGUGAAGACAACUCCACAGUGUCUAUAACCGAGGGAACCGGCACUACUGCUACUACAAAGGCGUACGACUUUCGUGUAUUUCGGAAGAAACCGAAGAAGCGAAAACAACCCGACGACGAAGAAAGUACCGUGGACAAAUGCUGCUCAGUAAUUUCUCUGCUCCUGUUUGGCAUAGUAACUCUUGUCAUCAUUAUCGCUGGUGUUGCUUCCAACAGAAUUCUCAUCGUUGUAUCCAUUUCGAAAAUAAAAGAAAACAGGACAUACGCGUCUAAUCAUUCCACAGCUUCUAAAGCGACGAACUUGACAACCUUUGAUGAUGAAAAAGCCGAGAAACUUAGAUGGUACUGUCUGUUGCUCGGGAGUAUGCUUGCACCCGUUGUUCUGGGAUUUAUUGGAUCUGUUUCAUCUGCCUGCUUUCAGUCAGCUCGUAAAAAAGGAACAAAAUUCAUGGCAAAGGACUUCUCUGACCAAUUGACUGAAGGCUACGUAUCUGAGGAUAAAAAAAUGCCGCUUGGAGCAUUUGCAAAGAGAAUUAUUUCUCUCAUUGUUCUUGUAAGUAUGGUUUAAUUUUGUAUUUAAAACAAUCUGUCCUUUUCUAAAUUUUCUUCAUAAUUUGACAAAGUGCUCAUAAACUGAUCAUAAAACAAAUUAUAUGCGUCUUUCCCGUUUCAUAGAACCAAAAUAUGGCCGAUUUCAUUCUCACUUAAUGAUUGAUUCCAGAUGCAAGGGGGCGGGGCUGAAUAAGAGAAGUUUCUAGUGCAAAUUAAUACAGCAGAUAAAAAGACACAUCUCUCCAGCAAACAUAUUCACACCGAUAUGUAUGAUGCAAACAUCGAAACUACUAUAACAAGAGGGCUUUUCUCUUUUCAGCAAAUUUACCUUUUUUAUACUUUUAAAUCUAAUUUCGUGAAUACAUUCAUUAAGAUUCGAUAAAAAAAUGCGUGCUUGUAUACAUAUUUUCUUCACAAUGCGUAAGUUUUUUUUUUUUUUGUCAGAUCAACAGAAAUCAAAUGUAACGGCAUAUGUAUGUCUCAUCUUUCUUUGUGAUUUCACAGACGAACUUAUCUAAUUUGCCAUUUGACCCAUAUAUUUGUUUAUUGCUGUAUCAGUUUGCCGGUUUUCAUGUUUGAACUCACAUGUAGCACCCAAGCCCAAUAUAGAGGUGCAAAGGAAGUCACAGUCAUGCUCUUAGAAAUACUUA